ACGGAAGUCAACGGUAGUCAGUUCUCCACGGCUGUUCGAGGGGAAAGAUGGCUCUUCGCAGGUGCUGUAGCAUCGUCUCUCUGUUUGGUCUUAUUGCUUUGGCAAUAUUUGUCGUCGCACUGAGUCAAGCCUCGACAGUGAACAAUGAAAGCGUCAAGAAAACGACCAAGCAAAUGUCCAAAGUAGGGAAAGGGACCCCUGGCGUCAAGAAGCAACAUUCUGACCCGGUCGCUGUUGUCCCUCCAAAGACGCCGAAAGAUGAUUUCCAAGAAGAAUUGGUCAUCAGACCCCUACAUUCUGGAGAUAUUUACGCUAGCUUUCAGUUCCGUACCCUGUGGGACACAGAUUUCUUUGGAGGAAAGAAAGUGUCCCACUACCGGCUGUUUCCCAAGUCACUGGGGCAGGUUAUCUCGAAAUUCUCCGUCCGUGAGCUGCACAUCUCCUUUACGCAGGGGUACUGGAGGACCAUGCAGUGGGGACAGCCUUAUCAUUCGUCUCCCCCUGGAGCAGAGAUCUGGGUCUGGUUCCAGGACUCCGUAGAAGAUGUGGAUGGUACAUGGAAAGAGCUGACAAACGUUUUGUCGGGCCUCUUUUGCGCCUCCUUGAACUAUAUUGACUCCAUCAACAGCAUUCAGCCCACCGCCUCCUUCAAGCCUCUGGGGAUAAACAACGAGACCGACCACCGUUUCCUACGCUAUGCCGCCCUUCCACGCGAGUCUUUUUGCACUGAAAAUUUGACUCCCUGGAAGAAACUCUUGCCAUGUGGCUCCAAGGCCGGCCUUGCUGUCCUGCUCAAGUCUGAGAAACUCUUCCACAGCAGUUUUCACUCCCAGGCAGUGCACAUCCGACCAGUGUGCCAGGGCGAGGACACACACUGCACAAGCACAUCGGUGGAGCUGAGACAGACUUUGAAUGUGGUCUUUGACUAUAUCACUUCGGGACAAGGCAAACGAGAGUGGUCUCUCUUCAAGAUGUUCUCCCGCACCCUGACAGAGGCGUGUCCGUUGGCAUCCUCCAGUAAAAUCUACGUCGACGUUUCCGACAGUGCUGAGGGGGAGGAUUUUGUGCUGAGCCCUCCUACUCCUCUGCUCACCCGAGCGGUGGUGCUCGGGGACAGACGGAACUUCUCUGUCUACGACCUGACUCAAAGAAGCACCUUUGGUGCAACGUCCUCUCUCAAUCUCCUGAUUCGCUGGACAUCUAGUGAAGCUCACAUGCUACGCCCCUUGCUCCACGCGGAGCGCUAUGUGGCGGGUUCAGGGUUGCAUACCGGAGAGAUCCACACACUGCUAUACAACAACCACCCCUACAGGGCCUUUCCUGUGCUGCUGCUGGACUCGGUGCCCUGGUAUUUUCGUCUCUACAUACACACCCUCAACGUCACCAGCAAGGGGAAGAAUAACAGUCCCAGUUAUAUUCACUAUGAGCCAUCCAAGGACCGUGUGAAGCCGCACAUGCUGGAGAUGCUGGUGCAGCUUCCCCCAAACUCUAUCACUGAAGUCAGCGUGCAGUUUGAGAGAGCCCUGCUCAAAUGGACCGAGUACCCCCCAGACCCCAAUCACGGCUUCUAUGUUGGGUCCUCUGUUAUCAGUUCUCUUGUACCAAGCAUCGUUGCCAUGGACGUAAAUGCGACACACAAAAGCCCCCUUUUCAACACUUUCUUCCCCAGCAAAGAAGAGUUCAGCUACUUUGUGCGCCUCUACACAGAACCGCUGCUGAUCAACCUGCCCACUCCUGACUUCAGCAUGCCUUACAAUGUGAUCUGCCUGACGUCCACUGUAUUGGCUGUGGGUUAUGGAUCCCUUUUCAACCUGCUCACACGCAAUUUCCAAAUAGAUGAGCCCAGACCGGGAUUGGCCAAACGGAUCGCCAACGUAAUCCGUAAAAUUCGGGGCGUGCCGCCACUGUGAGACAUAGCAGGAAGACAGGCCCACUCAACUGUUCCUUUAGUUGACCUGCUGAUAAAUAAGUCCAAUUUGGGAGAGAACUGAUUGAAUUUCUACUUGAUUUUCUAUUUAUUUGUAAUAUGUUUCUAGGAUCAUGUAUGGUCACUUAGAGACGUUAACGCAUUUUAGAUUGAAUAUGGAUGGAGGGCAGGAUCCUCGAGUUGUCAAGCAUUAAGGAAGCAGGUAAGCAGAAUGUAUGAGCGCAUGACUGCCAAUCCAUUCUCAACAGAACAUUUUUGCUGUCUUAUCGUCACUUUGAAGUUUCUGCAAACACUAGUGGAGCAAUUUCCAUCCAUUAUUUAGACAUGGCACAUAUUUUUCAUGUGAACAUUUUCACGGCAUAGCAGCAGACAAAAUCAAAAAUAAUUUGUUUAACGGUGAUUUUAUUCUGUUGCAUGAAUGCCAAAAGUGGGUUCACAAGUGUUGUUUGCACUUUUGUUUGAUUUGCAUUUUUGAAAAUCAAGGCCUUAAUUAUGACCGGAAACUGGUACUCUAUACCAAUUAUGUUCUUUUUUGUACUCAAGGUGAUAAGUAUUGUAAUUUUAUUUGGCCUGUACAGCAAUGUUCUCAGGGCAGCACCGUUUCAACCCAUACAAUGAAAAACCUUUAUUCGGUUGAUGCAACUUCCGACUUGUCCCAUCAGGGUUUGCCACAGUGAGUCACAAUGUUAUUUGUUAGGCAGUUUUUCCACCAUUUUUUUUUUCAUAAACAUUCAGUACUCCUUUCAUGACUCCAUUUCUGGCAGCAUUGGUCAAAUGUGAGCCUUGCACAAAAUAAAGAUUGUACACAUGUU